CCCGGCUGGCAGCUGGGCCGGCGGGAGGGGCCCGGGCUGCAGGUCGCCAUGGGCCUGCGCUGGGCGCUGCUGCUGCUGCUCGCCCUGGCGCUGGGCCGGGGCCGGGGCCGGGGCCGAGCCCGAGCCCGCCACGUGCUGCUCAUCGUGGCGGACGAUGGCGGCUUUGAGAGUGGCGUGUACAACAACUCCGCCAUCAACACCCCCAACCUGGACGCCUUGGCCAGGCGCAGCCUCAUCUUCCGGAACGCCUUCACCUCCGUCAGCAGCUGCUCCCCCAGCAGGGCCAGCAUCCUGACCGGCUUACCCCAGCACCAAAAUGGGAUGUAUGGGCUGCACCAGGACGUGCACCAUUUCAACUCUUUUGACAAGGUGCAGAGUCUUCCCCUGCUGCUCAGCCAGGCACAUAUCCGGACAGGGAUAAUUGGGAAGAAGCAUGUUGGGCCAGAGACGGUGUAUCCCUUUGAUUUCGCGUACACUGAGGAGAACAGCUCUGUGCUGCAGGUGGGCAGAAACAUCACCCGGAUCAAACUGCUUGUCCGGAAAUUCCUGCAGAGCCAGGAUAAGAGGCCGUUCUUCCUGUACAUCGCCUUCCAUGAUCCCCAUCGCUGCGGCCACUCCCAGCCCCAGUACGGGGCCUUCUGUGAGAAGUUUGGCAAUGGCGAGAGCGGCAUGGGCUGGAUCCCCGACUGGAAGCCCCAGUCGUACAGCCCAGAGCACGUGCAGCUCCCGUACUUCGUUCCAGACACCCCAGCCGCUCGCGCUGACCUGGCCGCCCAGUACACAACAAUCGGGCGCAUGGACCAAGGGAUCGGGCUGGUCCUGGAGGAGCUGCACAGCACCGGCUUGCACAACUCCACGCUGGUGAUUUACACCUCCGACAACGGCAUCCCCUUCCCCAGCGGCAGGACCAACCUGUACUGGUCAGGCACUGCGGAGCCCAUGCUGGUCUCCUCCCCCGAACACACUGAGCGCUGGGGGCAGGUCAGCCAGGCUUAUGCCAGCCUGUUGGAUCUCACGCCCACCAUCUUGGACUGGUUCGCCAUCCCCUAUCCCAGCUACAGCAUCUUUGGCACCAAGACAGUCCAGCUCACCGGGAAAUCGCUCCUGCCAGCCCUGCUGUCAGAGCCGCCCUGGGUCACGGCCUUCAGCAGCCAGAGCCACCACGAGGCCACCAUGUACUACCCCAUGCGGGCUAUCCAGCACCAGCAGUUCCGCCUGAUCCAUAACCUCAACUUCCGGAUGCCUUUCCCUAUCGACCAGGACUUCUAUCUCUCGGCAACCUUCCAGGAUCUGCUCAACCGGACCAGAGCCAGGCAGCCGACCCACUGGACCAAGACCCUACACCGGUACUAUUACAGGGAGCGCUGGGAGCUGUUUGACCGGAGCAGCGAUCCCACCGAGAGCCGGAAUCUGGCCUCCGACUCCCGGUACGCCGGGGUCUUGGAGCUGCUCAAAGCCUAUCUGUUGAAGUGGCAGUGGGACACUAACGACCCUUGGGUGUGUGCCCCAGAUGGCGUCUUAGAAGAAAAACUGAGCCCCCAGUGCCAGCCACUUUACAAUGAAUUGUGAGUCACCACCUCACCUUGCUGGAGUCUGCAUUCCUUACGCCAGCCCAGCCCCAGGUCCUGCUUGGCCCUCGGCUCCUCCCCAAAUCCUGAUGCAGCCCCAGAACCCCCAGGGAACAGCUAGCUCGUCUGCCAGAUGAGACAUCAAGUGCCUAAACAUGCAGCCCCCAGGCUCCAGGGUCCGCAGAGCGACCCCACAGCCACUCCAGAGCUCCCUUCGCCCUCCAUCUAGCACAGGGCGGGGCAGCAACCAGAGAUGGGCUGGUCCCACUCCCCCAUUCACACAACUGGCGUGUGCUUUGUGUGUCAAAACAGCAUCUGCCCCUGAAGCUCAAACGGACAUUUUCCUCCUCCAGUGCGGAGUCUUUGCACCCGGCAACAGGCAGCGCUGGACUGCAGCCAACCAGAAAGCUGUCAAAUACAUGGUCUCAAAGUCGCCGGGAGAACGUCCUCGGCUUAUGCACAAGCUAACCUCUGUGCCGAUCUCCUGCUGAAGGCACUUCUCACUGUAGCUCUUCCUGCGGUGGCUCCGACAGCACCUCCUGCAGCCAGAGGUGGGGACUCGUGCUGUUGGGAGCUCCCCACAUUGGGGCUUUUGUCCCACUUGCCAGGCAGUCUCCAACUAGCCAGGGAGGAGCUGAGAGAGCCCACUCUCCAUAGGGCCGGUACAUUGGAUUUGGUGUCACCACAUCAGGGAGGGCCAGGAGGGGUCUGAACACACAGUGACUGUCAGUAACAAGAAGAUUUAAUUUAGCAAAAUGUACAGAAUUUACAGUCCCUGGAACAAGCACACCCUGUUCAGGCCUGGAUACCGGCUAUCCACAGGGCUCAGCUGCAGCAGCUCAUCCGCCUGUGGCUGCAGGUCGCCGGGCAUGUGCAGGGACCUCUCCCUCUCACAGUAGGACUCCACCCUGGCUCGCUGCAGCUCCUGCUUCAUCAGAUACAGCUGCUGGAGGACAAAGAGAGCACAGGUCCCUAGCGUUACACUCAGCUGCAUCAUGCCAGUUACACUACGCCCGGCGUUUACUCUAGAACCCAGCGUCUAGAGUGGGAAAGGCUGCCUUUUUUUGUGCACAGAAUGUUGCAUUUUGGGGAACACAACUGUUGGCCAUGUUCUAGAACCCCGACUUCAGUGUUUACACCGAGCUGAGAAGACCACGUUAACCGAUGAAAGGACGAGAUGGGUCUCUUUUGCUCUAGAACAGAACCCUCCCCUGACCAUGACUUUGGAACAUGGGACCGUGCGCUAGAAUGUGGCACAUCGCUUGCUUUAGAACCCAGGAUUCUACAGUAGCUCUGUAACAGAGACGAGAUCGUUCACUCUGGACCGCAGCCCUACCCGCCUUCACUUUAGAGCGCAUGCCCCACCCUUUGUUCUCGACUGCUGUCUUCUCUCUUGGAUAUGGGACGUGUUUAUAAAGUGCUGAUGCAGGGAGGAAAAGCAACGCUGAACUCUGAGCCAGAAAUUUCAACACGAAUCCUUGUGGUUUGUCAGCACUUCUGUUACUAAGGUGACUUCAGAUUAAAUGAGCAAAACAUAGCGGAGGGAUCCCACCUCUCCAGCCUGUUUGAAGGGCCCUUGGCACUGGUCUGGGGGAGGUUUGCCAGUUUUGGUUGGAUGUAUUGCUGGAGGUUUCAUCACAUGACAUAAUCUUUAAUUAAAGGUUGUUCUUUCAUUC